CGCCGCAUCGAUUUCGACGAUGUCAUCAUCUCCGCAAACCACCGCCAAUGGUGGCGCUACCGCCGGAGAAACCGAAGGCGAUUGGGUCUGGAACGAAAUCAAAGCCGCCGCCCGCCGCGAUGCAGAAUCUGAACCAGCUCUCGCCAGUUAUCUCUACUCCACCAUCAUCUCUCACUCAUCUCUCACUCGAUCUCUCUCUUUCCAUUUAGGUAACAAACUCUGCUCCUCCACUCUCCUCUCUACUCUCCUCUACGACCUCUUCCUCAACACCUUCUCCUCCGACUCCUCCCUCCUCUCCGCCACCGUCGCCGAUCUACGAGCCGCCCGUCAACGCGACCCUGCCUGCAUCUCCUUCGCUCACUGUCUCCUAAACUACAAAGGCUUCUUAGCGAUCCAAGCACAUCGCGUCGCUCAUCGCCUUUGGGCUUUGAAUCGGAAGCCUAUAGCACUUGCGUUGCACUCGCGUGUAGCGGAUGUUUUCUCGGUGGAUAUUCAUCCUGCCGCUAGGGUCGGGAAAGGAAUUCUGUUGGAUCACGCUACCGGAGUGGUGAUUGGGGAGACGGCUGUGGUUGGGAAUAAUGUUUCGAUUUUGCAUCACGUGACGUUAGGCGGCACCGGUAAGGUCGGCGGAGAUCGGCAUCCGAAGAUUGGAGAUGGAGUUUUGAUCGGUGCCGGUGCGACGGUGUUGGGGAAUGUGAAGAUUGGGGAAGGGGCGAAGAUUGGGGCGGGGUCGUUGGUGAUGAUUGAUGUUCCGCCGCGGACGACGGCGGUGGGAAAUCCGGCGAGAUUGGUUGGUGGAGAAGAGAAGCCGAAGGUGCACGAAGAUGUACCUGGAGAAACCAUGGAUCAUACGUUCAUCUAUGUGAUUUGAGGAGGAAGAUUGUGAUUAGGGUUUUGAUUUUAAGUGUAAUGAAGGAUUAGUGUUGGUAUAAUUGUGAUUAGGGUUUUGAUUAUUGGUGGCUAAAGUUCACCGGAAUCAUCAACUCUGGCUGCGAAACCGACUCUAAAUCGGAGCCGAGCCGACCCGAGCUGAGUUUGAGUCUACGUACUCGAGCUGCAUACUUGAAUCAAAGUACAACUAAUUUUGUUUUGGUUUUAUUUGGUUCUUUAUUUGCCAAUUUUUUUUAAUUGAAUUUAUUAUUAUCAUGAGUUUAUGUAAAAGGUU